UCGGGAGCGGCGGCGGCGGUGGUGAUGGCCCCGGAGCGCGGCGACCGGUCGCUCCCCGCCGGUACCGAGGGUCUUCCCCGGGUUUUCCUGCAGAGCCUGCGGACUCUUUUCGAUAUCCUGGAUGACCGGCGGCGGGGUUACGUGCACCUACGGGAGAUCGAGUCCCGCUGGCGGGGAGCGGAAGCCCGGGAGCUGCCCGCCGGGGUGAUGGAGGGGUUGAGGCGGGCGGCACCGGCCAGCGGGUACCUCACUUUCGAACGCUUCGUUCUGGGGCUGCGUGCUGCCCUGCCCGGUGCUGAGCCCCCGGUGGAGAGCAGCGGCGGCGGGCGGCGGAGCGCGGAGAAGCCGGCGAGCCCGCGCUGUGCCGAGGAGCGGCGCGGGAAGAGCAGCGGGCAGCGGGAACCGGGGCCCAGCCAGCCCCGCGGCCGCGGUGGUGAUGCUAAGGCUGCUGGGCAGUCCCAGGGAGAUGGCAGCCAUCCAGGGGCUGGGGACGCUCGGAGGCAUCAGAGAGGACGUGCAGAACACCGGAGACACACCAUCACCAACGGCGUGGACUUCAGCAUGCUGAAGCACAUGAAGGAACUGGAACAGGAGAAGGAUUUCCUGCUGCAGGGUCUAGAGCUGGUAGAGCGCACCCGGGAGUGGUACCACCAGCACAUCCAGUUCAUGCAGGAACGCCAGAGGCUCCUGGGGAAGAACAAAACCAGUGCUGACUUCCUCCCUGAGGGUGGCCAGAGCCACCUGGGACGCCUGGUCCCCAAGCUGCAGGAGGUGAACCGCUGCCUGGGUGACCUCCUUUCCACCGCUGGCAAGCCAGCAAACCCCUCCUCAGCUCUGAGCAGGCUGGGCCCUGUGGUGUCCCCAGCCUCAGCAGGUUCCCAGCAAGCCAUCAUCAUGCUGAAGGAGCAAAACCGGCUUCUCACCAAGGAGGUGACCGACAAGAGCGAACGCAUCACCCAGUUGGAGCAGGAGAAAUCUGCCCUGAUCAAGCAGCUCUUUGAGGCUCGCGCCCGCAAUAACCAUGAAACGAGCCAGCUGGACUCCACCUUCAUCUAGCGCCCAUCUCCCCGCUCCCCAUCCUCGAGCUUCCCUGGGGGUUUUGUGGGAUUCUUGCCCAAAACCCAUUGCACCCGUUGCUCCAGGUGUCAUAUCUAGAGGUCUGGAGCUGCUGGUGGCAUCUCUCCAGGAGGUAGCCAGGAAGGUAUUUCCCCAACCCUGCCAGGGGAGCAUCCCCGCACUGCUCUACUGCUGGGCUUUCCAGCCAUGCUGCUCUCAAGCUGCUCCUUUUCUGUCUCUAAACGGACUGCAGGGACUGUACUGCAGCCCCGUGAUCCCCAACGUACUGGGGGAAACGGCUGCUGCCCAUGCUGCUAGCGCAGGGGGGAGCUGCUGUGCCCUUGGCCUGACUUGAGCUGAAUUUUGGCUGCUCUCAGGAAAAGAUGAUCCAUCUUCAACACUCCAGCUGGCAUCUCCAGGCAAGCCUUGCUGUUGAAGGAUGGCCUGUCCCCUGCUUGUCCCACUGUCGGAGGACAAGAUUGAAAUUCCAAUGGGACAUGCCCGGCCCCUCUCUGCUGCCUGAGUUCUGCCUGACAGUGACACUAUACUGGGCCAGAGCAGUGCCUGAGCUGGUGGUCCUUCUGGGGUAAUCCCUCUUUCCAGUUUGCAGUAGUGAUGCCAUAGUCGCUGUUUACAUGUCUGCAGGCUCCUGUAGUUAAUGAGCCACAGACCCAAACGAGGUAGCCUGUACCUCUGAGCUGCUUUUUCAGGCUGUUUGCAGAUUGAGGCAGACACCUCUACAUCCCUUUAUUUAGCUUGACCUGGCAAAUGGUUUUUUUGUGACUGCCAGGCUUAUAUUUUUUUCAUGAUGACUUCAAAAGGAGGUGUGAUGUUUUAUAGUGUGAGGAUGCUAACACAAGCCUGAUUGCACAGAGGGGCUUUAGGACAAGGUUUUGUAUUUAACUAAAUGUGGGUGACGGAGCGGAGGCUGAUGGGCUCUUUCCUUUGCACAUCUCCAAGUGGAGAAAUGGCAGCUUUGCCUGUCCUGGUGGUGGAGGCUGGCUUGCCGGGGUGACAUCCUGAGUAUGAACUGCACCCCUCUCCAGGUCUCUUGGGGUGGUGGUCUAAGCGUGGGUCCUGUUAGACCCACGUGCAUCUCAGAAUACGUCCUCCUUCCCACCCAGCUCAGUGAUGGUGCUUGAGCUGAAUGAUGUCUUCCACUGUGGUUUGGUACUUGGUAUUUAUGUUACUUUCAUAGGAGAUCAUUGUGAACCCCCAUGUAGCACAGGCCUGGCCCUCUGUAGCUCCAAGACCAAGACCUUUCUCUCCAGGGUUGUUUCAUGCUCUGAGUUGCCUGGCAUGAUGCCAUGGCACAAUGCACUGAGCUGGGCAGAAGGUGCUGGACCUGCCCUGCCGUGGGCUGGGCACCAUACAGCCCAAUUCCCUUCUUACUCCUGCUUUUAUCUGUCCAGUGCUACCUGUCCCAUCCAGCUCCUCUCUUUGAUGCUGAUCUUGACCUGAAGCUCACUGCAAGGCAUGAAUCCCUGCUCUACCCUUGUGCCUGCUGCCCUGUGUGGGAGUGGGGAUUGGCAGAGUGCCAGGGAGAGGGAGGAGGAGGAACAAGGCUAUGGCUAGUCGUGUCCCCUAUCUGCAGGAGUAGGGUGUUAGUUGUCUCCUGGGCAUCAGUGCCUGCCGUCUCUUUCAUGAUGCCACCUCUGGUGUCCAGUGCCUGUUUUGCCUGAGGUUUAAUUAAAAGCGACCCUCUUUAUGAGGAGGGUCACCUGUCUGUAGGGAUAAUAAAGUGGGGUGAACUAUUUAA